AUGUCGUCGUCAUUGUCUACGGGACCUAGCGAUAAAGAUCGCCGGCAUCUUUCCGUCGUACUAGCGCUUCGCGAUUCGGGCGGCCGUAGAGCCAGUCGAGUGGAGGGGACGGCCGAAAAAGCCGAGCCUCGAAGCUCCUCAGGCUCAAAUCGACGUGCAACGGGCUUCGUAAUGCCUACCGGCGUCAACGACGCUUCAUUUGUCGCUGCAGACUUUCGUACUGCAAUGUUUGCAGUCACCUAA